AUGACCCCUUUAAAGGCAAGCGGUCGUAGACUCCAACGUCUACUUCUCCUAGUUGUUUUCUUCCUCGUCUUUGGUUACCUCUCGUAUCCCUCAUUAUCUCGGUCUCAGGGGUGGCAGGAAGCAGAAACAUACGAAGAAUAUGUACAAACAAGUUUCGACUGGGCAAGUCGGCCCAUGAAGAACCCGAUACCCGAAUCCUCACUUAUACAGCUUCCCGAAGGCCCUCCCCGUGAGCUUCCGCGUAUACAACAUGCUUUCACCAAGGACGAACUUGACAAGGCGCAUAACGAGACACAAUUUCAGCGAAGGGAUGCCGUCAGGAAGGCCGCUCAGAAAUCAUGGAAGUCUUACCGAGCCUAUGCCUGGCGACGUGACGAGCUCGCUCCGCAGUCAUUGAUCGGGAAGGAUAGCUUUGCCGGAUGGGGUGCUACCUUGGUGGACUCACUCGACACUCUCUGGAUCAUGGGUUUGAGGGAGGAAUUUGAUGAAGCGGUGCGCGCGGUGGGAGCUAUCGACUGGAAUAAGGCAUCGUCUUCGGACUGCAGCUUGUUCGAGACGAACAUCAGAUAUCUCGGCGGCCUGCUCUCAGCCUACGACUUGAGUGGCCAGGAGAUCCUCCUGAAGAAAGCGGUAGAGCUAGGCGACAUGCUCUUCGCAGGCUUCGACACUCCCAACCACCUACCUGCUAACUCCUAUAACUUCAAGAAGGCCAAGAGUGGCGAGCUGAAAGCCUCCUCGCGCCAAUCCCUCGCGGUCCUCGGCUCCAUGUCCUUGGAAUUCACCCGUCUCUCCCAGUUAACCGGCGACCCCAAGUACUACACCGUCGUUGAGCAACUGAAAAGAGGGCUUGAAAAGACCCAAGACCAAACAAACCUCCCCGGUCUGUGGCCGAAGUACAUCGACCUCAUAGAAGGAACCCGCCCCAGCUCCGACACCCUCUUCACCCUCGGCGCCCAAGCCGAUUCCGCCUACGAAUACCUCUCCAAGACCUACCUCCUCCUCGGCGGCCUCGACCCUUCUUACGAAACGAUGCACAUCAAAGCCAUGGACGCCGCCGCCAAGCACCUCCUAUUCCGCCCCAUGCUCCCGUCCGGCGACGACGACACCUAUGCCGGGUCUCCUCCUCCAGACAUCCUGUUCUCCGGUAACGCCGUAUCCACUCAGCGCGAUAAAUCCGAACUCCAGCCGCGCGUCCAACACCUCGGUUGUUUCGCCGGCGGAAUGUUUGCAUUGGGCGGGAAGCUCUUCGACAGGCCGGACCACGUGCAAAUCGGCGAGCAACUAGCCCGGGGCUGCGCGUGGGCGUACGAAGCCUUUUCCACUGGCAUCAUGCCCGAAGUUUCCGAGCUUGUUCCGUGUGAGAAGAAGGCAGACAAGGACAGUGAUAGUAGACUCGCCCAAUGCCCCUGGAACGAAACAAAAUACCGACUCAAGAAAAAGAAAGCCGCCGCCUUAUCCAGAACCUCCUCUUACACAGACAACACCAACCCCAACCCCAACUCCCGGGCUUCCCAACCCAAUGAUCACAAAACCCCCCUCCUCCCCAAACCCUUCACCAAAAUCUCCAACCCGCGCUACCUCCUCCGCCCCGAAGCAAUCGAAUCCCUCUUCAUCCUCUACCGAAUAACCGGCAAAAAGGACCUGUUAGACAUCGCCUGGCGCAUGUUUUCAGCUAUCACCAAAGCGACCGAGACCAAGUCUGCGUUUUCCGCCAUCGAGGACGUGCACACGGCAAAUUCGGGACAGCCGACCAUCAAGAUGGACUCGAUGGAGAGCUUUUGGAUGGCGGAGACGUUGAACAUAUUCGGACAGGGAACAGAAAAAGAAAAAGAGGACUUAAGAUCCUACAAGUAA